AUGCGCGUCCCUGACCUUAUCAGCAACGACAACGCAAUCUCGCAACGCAUACGCCAACGUCACAGUACACCGCCAACAGUGACAGAUGCACCUCCAGCUAUACAAGCAUCCCAGCAUGCAGUCGCAGCCCCUUCUCCUUCAUCGGGGUCCAGAUCACCGGCGCAGGAGGACCAACCAUCUAGAUGGGGUCCAUCUAAUAAGAAACGGCGUCUAACAGCAUCAGCAACCCAUCUCACCCGGAGGAAACGCGCUGCGACAGCAUGCCAGUUCUGUCGUCUUCGCAAGACGAAGUGCGACAACGUCCGUCCCGUGUGUGGAUUCUGUCGACAUCACCAUGCGACCUGCGUCUACGGCGACGAAGAGGAAGAAGAAGGAGACAGAGUGUCUCAUGCUGCCAAAUCCCAGGAUGAAGGUAUCGCGAGCUCGGUCAUCUUGGAAAGACUGGAUGAAAUCAAGCAUUUGCUGCAGAGGCCAAGAAGUCCUUUGAGAGACCAGCCUGCAUCAGUGGUAAUGACUGCGGCACCUCACGCUGAAAUCCACCCAACAGAUGGAAAAUCCUUCAUUCUCGAAUUCGGUACUGAUAUGACCGACGAUGGCCUGAAUCAGCCCAACGACCCCUCCAUGAUCAACGGGCCAGGCAUCCAAGAAGAUGCAUUCGUCCCCCUUUGCCGAAAGUUUCUUACUCAUGUCCACCCCCGAAACCCAAUCCUCGAGGGCCACGAACUGAUAGCCUAUGCCAAACAGACAACUGAACACGGCAUCAAAUGGGAUGCUUCCUCAUGUCUCGUACUCCUCGCCUGUGCCCUAGCAAGUCUGACAACCCCUUGGAUCCCUCCGCAAGAAUCCACAUUCGACACCCAGACCGGUGUAGCAGACAUUCCCUUGCCACCAAUACUAGAACCACAAGACUGCGACACCGCAGAAGCGUACUACCUCGCAGCAUCCAAACGCAUCGGCCUCUUAGGCCCCUCGAUCCUGGACAUCCAAUGCCUCUUCCUGGCCUCCAUGUACGAAAAGUGCUGCCUCCGGCCGAUGCGAGCCUGCUUCUACAUCCAGCAGGCCUCGACGCGCUUGCAGACUCACUUGCUCCGAAGAGGACGCCGGCCAUGGAAAGAGGCUAGCGGAUGGGAGGAACCGACGCAGCCUCUUGAGCAGCGCGUGUUUUGGUCUUGCUUCAAGGCGGAGAACGAGAUCCUCCCGACUUUGGGUCUCCGACCAAGCGGUCUCGAGGACUUCACCUACCCGGACUCCUUCCCGGCGCCUCCCUCGACGCUCUCCACAACGAGGACCAUCACUACCACCACCAGCGUCAACGAGACAUCCGCCAGCCCGUCAGAGUACACCUGGUCCCCGAUCCCAGAUCCUCAACAACGCCUGGAAGAAGAACGCAGCUGGCUCUACUACCUCGCCGAGAUCUCCCUCCGACGAACGAUCAAAAACACAAUGUCUGUGCUGUACCGCAAAGGUGAGGCGUACUGGCUGAGGAACGAGGGGUUAUUAGUCCGACAAUAUGACGAGUUUGAAAAGGAGAUUUCGCAAUUACACUCCCAUCUCCCACCCCUAAUCCAAUUCACCGAACACCACUACCCGGACAACGAACUCGCCUUCUACCUCCAAGGAUGCUUCCAAGGAUGGCGCGAAUCGACCCUCCGCCCGCUCCUCUACUGCGCCCUCCACGGAGCCCGUGGCCGGAGCCAGGGCCGAGAUGACCCGCGUCUACCGACUCAUGUUCAAAGUGAAGACUAUCCGACGAACUCGCGCGUAAUCCACCUCGCUCAAAAAGCCGUCGACACCUGCGCCGCCAUGAUCGUCAAAACGGCGCACCACCACCGCCACGGCGGAAGCUGGUUCGUUGCCCGCCGCGCAUUCUCCUGCGCCGUAAUGACCCUCGCAGCCGUCGUGGGGGCAGAGAAUUGUCCUGUUAAACCGCCCUCAAAUUGGGCUUCUCUCGUACGGCUUGCGUUGAGAGUUCUCGGGCGAUGGGGCAAAGAGGCGCAUGACCUCGAGCGGAUGCGGGAGACGCUCCAGCGGCUCUUUCACAGGGUGCAGCAGAAGGCGGCUUCGCCUACCAAGUCGGUUCGAUUCCUAUCGGCGUCAACUGGUGGUUUGGCCUAG